UCGUUCUGUGAGCGCUGAUGCUGCAAGAGGUGGCGCGGCGGAUGUGACUCGCAGUGCAGACGAGCCGCAUGCUGCAAACUUUUAUCUCCCGGAUCGCCGGGGCGGCGGAGCCGGGGACCCGGCGACGCUGCCGCAUCUUCCUCCACCCGCGAACCGGGGCCGCAGCCCGUGGCCGCUGGCCACGCGGGCAGGCAGCUGCGGCUGGGGUGGGGUUGCGGGGGCGCCGCCCUGGGCUUCCAGCGCCCCCGCGCCGCGCCCCGGGGGCGGUGUCCUGGGGGACUCUGCUGGCGCAGCCGCGCCUCUGCUCUCUGAGCUCCGCGUCCCUGCCUCCCGUCAGCUGCCUCUCGCGGUGGGUAACGGGGCCACGUAGGAGUCGCGGAGGCCCAGGUUCUUUCCCGAGGCCGGGGAGGAUGCUGGUCUCCCUCCCUGACAGCCGCUGCUCCACGCCCGCCUUGCAGCCCGGCGCGCCCGGGUACCCGCCUCUCUUGGUGCCGGGGCGCGCCGCCUGCCGCCCAGCCUGGCCGCCCGGGGGAACAGGCGCCCUGGCCUCCUGCCCUGCAUCGGGCCGAUGCUUCCCUCUGGUCCAGGGCCGAGCUGCAAGAGUGAAACCUGAGGCUGUCGGUGAUCUGCUCUCUGCUUUUAGGUGCCUUCUAGUCGGCUCGCAAAUAGCACCUUAUCUUACAUUUUUAAAAACCUGGCAAAGUCGAACGGCAAGAAGCCCGCGUUACAUUUCCUUGGGCCACGCACGUGAAGGGCCAGGCAGUGGAGCUACUGCUGUGGUUCAGGCUGCUCUCUGCAAACCCAGGCAAGAACGUGUAGCAAUAAAGCGGAUCAACUUGGAAAAAUGCCAGACCAGUAUGGAUGAACUAUUAAAAGAAAUUCAAGCCAUGAGUCAGUGCAGCCAUCCCAACGUAGUGACCUAUUAUACCUCUUUUGUGGUUAAAGAUGAACUUUGGCUGGUCAUGAAAUUACUAAGUGGAGGUUCAAUGUUGGAUAUCAUAAAAUACAUCGUCAACCGAGGAGAACACAAGAACGGGGUUCUGGAAGAGGCGAUAAUAGCAACAAUUCUUAAAGAGGUUUUGGAAGGCUUAGACUAUCUGCACAGAAAUGGUCAGAUUCACAGAGAUUUGAAAGCUGGUAAUAUCCUUCUGGGCGAGGAUGGUUCGGUACAAAUAGCAGAUUUUGGGGUAAGUGCAUUCUUAGCAACAGGGGGUGAUGUUACUCGGAAUAAAGUAAGAAAAACAUUUGUUGGCACCCCAUGUUGGAUGGCCCCUGAAGUCAUGGAACAGGUGAGAGGCUAUGACUUCAAGGCUGACAUGUGGAGUUUUGGAAUAACUGCCAUUGAAUUAGCAACAGGAGCAGCGCCUUACCACAAAUAUCCUCCUAUGAAAGUGUUAAUGUUGACUUUGCAAAAUGAUCCACCCACCUUAGAAACAGGAGUCGAGGAUAAGGAAAUGAUGAAAAAGUACGGCAAGUCCUUUAGAAAAUUGCUUUCACUGUGUCUUCAGAAAGAUCCUUCCAAAAGGCCCACAGCCGCAGAACUUUUAAAAUGCAAAUUCUUCCAGAAAGCCAAGAACAGAGAGUACCUGAUUGAGAAGCUGCUUACGAGAACACCAGACAUAGCCCAAAGAGCCAAAAAGGUAAGAAGAGUUCCUGGGUCAAGCGGUCACCUUCAUAAAACCGAAGACGGUGACUGGGAGUGGAGUGACGACGAGAUGGAUGAAAAAAGUGAAGAAGGGAAAGCAGCUUUUUCUCAAGAAAAGUCACGAAGAGUAAAAGAAGAAAAUCCAGAGAUUGCGGUGAAUGCCAGCAGUCUACCAGAGCAAAUACAGUCCCUUUCCGUGCAGGACUCUCAGGGCCUACCCAAUGCUAGUGAAGACUAUAGAGAAGCUUCUUGCGCUGUGAACCUCGUUUUAAGAUUAAGAAACUCCAGAAAGGAGCUUAAUGACAUACGAUUUGAGUUUACUCCAGGAAGAGACACGGCGGAUGGCGUUUCUCAGGAGCUCUUCUCUGCUGGCUUGGUUGAUGGUCAUGAUGUGGUUAUAGUGGCUGCUAAUUUACAGAAGAUUGUAGAUGAUCCCAAAGCUUUAAAAACAUUGACAUUUAAGUUGGCCUCUGGCUGUGAUGGAGCAGAGAUUCCCGAUGAAGUGAAGCUGAUCGGGUUUGCUCAGUUGAGUGUCAGCUGAUGUAUGUCCCUUGACCUCGCCCUGAUCUGUCAUGCCUCCCUCACCACACUCCCCUCAACCCUUCCCUCUCCACUUCCUCCCACCCCCUCACUCCCAGUUCCCAGCAAAAUCAGAAGAUUGUGAAGAGGCCGACUUCGACAAAAUGGGAUAAAAAUGAAUUUUUUUAAAACUUACAACACUCCGAGUUCUGCUUUAUUCUCUAGCAAUCCACAGUAUGAGAACAAGCAAAUGCCACAGCUGCACGACUGUUGCUAAUUUUUCCAAAAGCUGUUUAAUAUUCCUAGCAAUCAAUUCGGAUAUCCCUUAAGUGAAAAGAAUCUGAAAUACACUCAGGUGGUCCUAUUUAUUGGCAACAAAAGGAAUUUUUUCUAUCAGAAGCCUAUUUCUUCUUUCAUUGUUCUUUCUGUUAUAAUUCUUUAAUUGUACAUCUGACAAUACUGCCUCUUAUGUUGUAUUUAGAAAUUAAUAUACUUAUAAAAUUAAGAUUUAUUAGCCAAACUUGAAUUCUAGUUUUAAAACUGUGAAUUUUAUUUUUCAUAUAUUUAUGCAUUACACACCUUAGCUAUGAGGAAAAAAACAUUUUUGAUUAUAUGCUUCUUGCAGUUAAUCUCUUGUUAUUUAAACAAAAAGUUUCAGGUCUAUCUUUGGAGUAUUUAUAACUUCUGAUUUUUGAAAUGACUGAAUUAGGAACUAGGAUGCUUAUUCUUUGGGUUUGUUUGCCUAAAAACCAAUCCACAAUCUGAUUGUCUCUUGGGAGAGGGAGGUGCCUUGCAAACUUUCAUAUUAAGAAUGUGUCUGAGGCUGCUUUACUCUGGAAUAGUCUCAGAUCUAAAAUUUCCUCUACUUAAAGUGGCAUAUGUAAGUUUUGCUUCAUUGGAACGUUUAGAAUGCUAUAUAAAAUGUUGCCAUUCUUUAGAUUGCUGAUUAUGUACCCAUCUCUGAUUUGACUUCUCCUUAAGUGAUAGGAUUUGUUGUUCCAAAGGUGAUAAACUUGAAAAUACCAGAAUCUGAGUUUUACUUGAAAUUCUGCAGAAUACCCAGAUGGAGUAAAAAAAUAAUAGAAAGGGUUUUGUGCAAUGACUAAAAGGUAAAACGCUGUUAAGUUUCAAGAAUAAAUACUUUCAACCCAAGUAGCUCUCUGCUUGACUAUAUAUUAUGGAAUAGUAAACCUUAGGAUUUCAAAAUUGGGGUCUAAACUUUCAGGGAGGUGGGCUCCCGGGAUGGUACCAUUUGCUCUUUCCUAGCUAACCCUAGAUAUGGCAGCUCUUUAAUGUACUUUAAAAAGCAAAUAUAUAUUACUAAGGAAAAAAAAGUUAUUUAUAAUUGCCUUGUCAUAAUUGUUAAGGUGUUCUAGAGCCAUUUGCAUACAAUUUAAUGUAAUUUCAUUCCAUUCUAUUGUUUACACAACGAUUACUCAAAGAUGACUGCAAAGGUAAAAGGAAAAUAAAAGUGUAUUGCACAAAGA